AUGGAAACUCUAGAAUUUCCUUCUGAAUCUGAAAUUACAGCUUCAUCAGCUCUUCUCAGUCUCUCAUCAUCAACUCAGAAAUCUUCUACAACUAAUUAUUGUUUCAUCUCUUCGAUUUAUACUCCAUCUUCUUCGUCUUCUUCAAGGUUUAACAAUGGUAUUAAAAAGAUCUUCAACAACAGCAGAAAUGAAGAAGCUAAGAAUAAGUCGUCGUCGUUCAUCAGUGAUUCAAAAUCUGAUUCUUCUUCAGCUUUGACAACAACUAAUUAUGAAGAAGCAGCUAAUAUUAUUUCAUCUGAAGAUUCGGUAUCACCGACAUCUGAUAACCCACUAAGAUUUCUCUCAGUUGCAGCUAAUUUUAAUGAAUUAAGUAACCUCAAGGUGGUGAAGAAAAGCCGAACAAAAAUGUAUAAGAUCUGUGAUAUUCAAAACAAGAACUACAGGGCGGCGGCGGUGGCACCAUUAAAGGAAACUUCAAGGUCCGAGUCGGCUACAUCAACAGUAUCAAGUGAGACGAGUGUGGUGAGCCGUCAGUCGUAUGCUUUUGACAGGAGCUGUCACACUGCAAGAAAGAAAAUAAGAAUGAUGAUGAAGAAGAGGCGGAGGAUUAUGAUGACAACCCCUCCUGAAUCUCCUGAUAAUAAUGUUAUUAAUGCUUCUAUUCCCAGUUCCAGACCUAGUCCUGAAUUAUUAGUUAUCCCAUCAGCUUAUAUCUUACGCCGAGCUGAAGCCAUACUCAAGGUUCUCUCCGACAAUACUGCUGCUUCAGAGACUGAGAUUCGUCAAGUACUUGGUGACAACCCUACCACCAGUAAAGCUCUAAGAUUGUUGUUGAAGGGAAAAGCAGUCAAAAGAUCUGGUGCAGGAGGCUCUAGGGAUCCUUAUGUUUAUAUGGCACGUUGCUGA